UCUGAAGUUGUUUGAGCACUAAGUGCAUCCUUGAUUAAGCUGGAAAAGUCGUGAAUAAUCCCGUCUCCCGCGAGUGGGUAUCCUUAACGCAAGUAGGUAUUGAUUCUGGUCAUUACAUGCACAACAGGCAGUGAUCAUGACAUUGUAGAGAAGAAGAUUUAGGAUGAAGUAAUGAUGGACAGAGAUCUUGCGACUCGCAAACGAAAGAAAAGUAUUGAGGAUGUUGCUAGGAAUGCAAAGAAAUCAUUAAAAAAUGGAUCAGGGUCAGAUGAAGAAGAUGAAGAGCUCUUUUCCUGGGAAGAAUAUUUAAAAAAGUAUCAUGCUAAGGCUGUUCCUAAGGAAACAUUUAAACAUGUACAAGACACAAAAGUCCAAGGGUUUGUUCCUGGUAUGAAGUUGGAAUCCAUGGAUCGUACAUCAUUAGAGGCUGAUACCUACUGGGUAGCUACAGUUGUCAUGGCAUCUGGACCACUGCUUCUGUUACGGUAUGAUGGCUAUGAUGAUGAUCGCAGUGGAGACUUCUGGUGUGAUGCAGCAUCUGAUGAUCUUCAACCUGUUGGCUGGUGUGCAAGAAAUAAUCACAUACUUAUCCCUCCUGCAGCCAUCAGGCAUAAGGAGUCAAACUGGGCUAAGUUUCUAAAGCAAGAUCUGGAAGGGGCUGUCUGUGCACCGGCUCAUUUGUUCCACAGGAGAUCAAAUCCAGAUGAAGAAAAUCAGCUGAAGCCAGGAUUGAAGUUAGAGGUGUUGCACAAGAAUGAUCCACUCAGUUACUGGGUUGCAUCAGUGGUAGAUUCCUAUGGUUUGAGGCUAAGAUUACGACUAGAAGGAUCGGAAGAUGAAGCCAAUGAUGUUUGGGUUUAUUUCCUGUCAGACACUGUUCACCAACUUGGUUGGGGGAAGAAAAAGAAGUUGAGACUCAACAUGCCUGAAAAUCCUCCUGAUCUAAAGACUAGGUAUCCAUCAAAAGACUGGGCACAAAUCAGAGGAAGGCUUCUUGGUAUUUGUAAUAUGACAUCAAAUGACAUGUCACUCAACGAGGCACUAAACAAGUCUGACAGCUUGCCAAGACCACAUGGAUUUACAAAGGGUUUGAAACUAGAAGCUGUGAAUCCCAGUGAUCCUUCUUCCAUCUGUGCUGCUACAGUUACCAAAAUUCCUAGCGAGUUCUUCUUCCAGGUGGAGAUUGACAGCAUGAUCACAUGCAGUGACAGCAACCGACCUGCCAUGUGGUGUACUUCAAAUUCUAGGAAAAUCUUCCCUGUAGGGUGGUGUGCGCAGAACAACAUUCAACUUACCCCACCCCCAGGAUAUCUUGUUCAUCCCUUCAACUGGCAGACAUACCUUGAACAUACAAACUCGACUGCAGCUGCCGACUCUCUGUUUACUUUGGCAGUUCCACCUCAUGAGUUUGAUAUCGGAAUGAAGCUCGAAGCAGUCGAUCAAACAGAUCCCAGCACCAUAACAGUAGCUUCGGUCUCACAAGUGGUCGGACGCACCAUGUGGGUGUUACUUGAUGGAUACAAGAAUGACUCUGUGGAACAUAUCUACGAUGUGGAAUCAUUGGAUCUUUUUCCAGUUGGAUGGUGUAGCAUGAACGGGCACCCGCUCGUUACACCGAGAAUACAGCGUCCUCCCGAGGAAAACAGGCGUCUUGCUUCGCUAAGAACCACAAGACAAAGAGAAAGUAGCAAAAAAGUGACAGAUACAAGCACAGCCAACAUCACCAAUAUCUCAACAACUAGAACUUAUGAAACGAGUACUACAAAUUCUACAACUACGCCUCUAAAUUCUGUAAACGUUACACCUGUCACAGAUGGAAACAACGUGACAAGCGUGAUCCAGCGUGACACAAAUCACCAGCAGAGCGUUAACAUGACAUCCAUAAACACUGAAAACGAAGUCAAAAUGGAGUCCAAUUCUCACACAGAAAAAACGGAGUCUUGUUCUCUCGAGGAGGUGAACACAAAGUCACAGGAGAAACAGUCACCCAUAUCAUCUAAGGGUAAAUAUGAUUUGAGGCCCUCGACACUUGUCCCACGGGAUUACGGUGAAGAGGAAGAAGAGGAAAGUGCGGAAAAGAAGAAAGUUGAAGCUGUGAUUGAUCUGACAGAAGACGACGAGGUUGAGGUGGAGAGAAAGGAAAGUAAGCCUGUUGAGACCAAACCAGGUCUACCUUCGAAGGAUGAUUCAGGGAUCUGUAUUUAUGUCAAAAAAUCCUGUGAACCGGGCCCGUUUCUUAAGCAAGCUAAAGUAGCAAGUCUUCCUGCUGUCAUUGGUCCAGCGGGUCCCAAUAUUGUCUUAAGACAACUUGUUGAGCAAAUUGUUCUCAGCGCUCAUUCGUCGAAACAAGUUCUGAAGCUGCUUGCUUCUGAGACUGAUAAAAUGACUAUUGCUUCAAUUUUGAAGACGUUAAAAAACAAACUCUCUUUGUGCGAGAAUCUCAUCAGUUUGAAUAAAGUCGCACUGUGUGCGCACUGUGAUGCUCAAAAAGUUCCUCUUUCUCCACCCGCUUCAUCUCUCCGCAAAAAUUACGAAUCGCCGACAACACCAAGUCCAGCGACGUCACCCUUGAACGACACACCAUCCCCAAUAAGAAAAGCCGUCCCUAAAGUAGAUAGCCAUCUGGUGGGUUAUCCCGCGGGUAAUCCUGCAGGUCAACCCGCAAAGUCCCUUCCCGUUCUGAAGAUUGCCCUCCCUAAAGCAAAGAAUAUCCCGAAAGCUGCACCUUUUGUAAAGAAUCUCCCUCCAGAGCCCCCCAGACCCGAACCCUCGGGAUCACCGAGUAUUUCGGGUUCGCGUUCAUCAAAAAACGUAUCUCAAUGGAGCGUUCAAGAUGUAGUGGAUUUCAUAAGAACAACUGACUGUUUUAAGUUUGCAGACGAGUUUCAGAGACAGGAAAUCGACGGUCGAGCUUUAACGUUACUAUCCUUAGACGAGAUUCACAAGUGUCUUGGAGUAACUCUUGGACCCGCCAUUAAACUUCACUUUACUGUACAGAAACUGAAAAAGAAACCUCGAUAACACAGGCUGUUACAUUUCAUUCCAACGACGCAUUCUAUGAUUUGGGCCUCCAGUCCUGAGAAUGAGGGUGCGGAAGGUCCGUUUAUCGUGUGUGUUUUAUGAAGCUUUGUGGUCUACAAACUCCUCGAUAACUUUCUUAUCGGUUUCAAGCCGGGUCUGAAUGGCGCAUUUGCCUUUGCAUUGCGUCCCUUACUUAAGGAAACGUUCCUCAUCGGAAAAAAAUUCUCUAUUACAGGGAAAUCUAAUCUGGUACGGUGGAUACUGGGAACGUACGUAAGCCCACCAUUCACCGCUUAAAUUUUGAAGACAGCGGUCUUCAUUAUUAAGUCUACAAUUCCUCUACUACGUACUAUUGGUUACUGUUUACGAAGACUAUUUUUUUACAAGUACUAUUUGCUGAGAUUGCGGUAAUGAUAGGCUUAAAGACUGGAGUGUAAACUCGCCUCAAGUCUUCUCACUGCAUCUCUCAACUGACUGCACGUUUGCAGAGCUCAGAAUCGUUUCGACUUCAUAUCAGCAGUGUACUAACAAGUGAACGUGCAAGUAUGAAAAUAUCUCGAUCUGUGCUGUGAUUUCAAGAUUUCGUAGUGUCUUGGUUUUAGAGGUCAUCCAAGAUCAUGUGCAGAGACCUUAAAUGUAGUUGUAGCAGUGUGUGUGUGUGUG